GUUGUUUGCAGCAGCAAAUUGCUGCCAAACAUUGUCAAGAUUCCUUUGCCGUUAUUGACAAAGCUGACAAGAUGGCGGUGUGCCGUAGAAGUGCGCUUCAUAAGAGUUGUCCUACUAGGCCUAAAAUUACCUGCUAGUUUGUCGAAAAGCUGCAAACUGCACAAACCCCGCAGAUUCUGCCGUGCGUGAAGUCGAUCGAGAAUCCGAACAGAAGUUGUGGGCAGCGGCGUUCUGGGGCUGUGUUGCCGUUCCGCCUCGAACAAAUGCUGCGAUUAAGCGUGACAGGAGGAGUGGAUGAUUGCGAGCUUUUCCCGUAGCGGAUGCGACCUUAUUCGCACCUCGUAGCAGGACACAUGGUGGUGUUAUUUCUUCGAGAGCGUCGCCCACUCUGUGCGGAGUGAUUGCGACUUGAACCCCUCCUCCUCCACCUUGGAAAGAGGCAACUUUCCAGGGACAGUGGCGAAAAAUGCAAACCAUCAAGUGUGUUGUGGUAGGUGACGGUGCUGUUGGUAAAACAUGUUUGCUGAUUUCGUACACAACAAACAAGUUUCCAUCAGAAUACGUCCCAACGGUGUUUGAUAAUUAUGCGGUGACUGUAAUGAUUGGUGGUGAGCCAUACACCCUAGGACUUUUUGACACAGCUGGCCAGGAGGAUUAUGACCGGCUACGGCCGCUCAGCUAUCCACAAACAGAUGUUUUUCUUGUCUGCUUCUCCGUCGUUUCACCUUCCUCUUUUGAAAACGUCAGAGAAAAGUGGGUACCUGAGAUAACACAUCACUGCCAGAAAACGCCUUUCCUGUUGGUGGGAACCCAGAUUGACCUUCGGGAUGAUGCGGCUACCCUCGAGAAGCUUGCCAAAAACAAGCAGAAGCCCAUCUCGAAUGAGCAGGGAGAGAAGCUUGCAAAGGAGCUCAAAGCUGUCAAGUAUGUCGAGUGCUCUGCGCUCACACAGAAAGGACUGAAGAAUGUCUUCGACGAAGCAAUCCUGGCAGCCCUAGAGCCUCCAGAGCCUAAGCCCAAGCGAAGGUGCACCCUCCUAUAGAUGGACCACAAGAGGAGAGCGAGAGAAAAGUUAGCCGGAGAAGAGGGGAGCCACACACAUUCGUCCGAGGAGGGGAGGGCCAGCAUCCGGGAGAGUGAGACUACCCUUCCUGCCCUUGGUGUUUCGCUCAAAGUGGAAGUCUGGGAAGCGGCCCAUGCGCCGUCUGCGGAGUCCAUUGGAGUAACAGGGGAACAGAGAAGUGGGUUGGGGAUUAGCCGAGCGGCAAAAGCACUUGUUGCCUGCCAGAGUAGGUGCCUAGCGUUUUGAAGCUGUGUGGCUUACCACAGCAUUCACACACACACACACACCCUGGCCCCCACUUUUUUUUUUUCUUUCUGGUGCUUGUUUUAGGCUGUCUUGAUGAUAACCUUAGGCAGCACAUGCUUCUCCAGGUGAGAAGUCUGUGGCAGCUGCCGCUGCCAAAGCAUUGUUGUGUUAUCCAAGUACUGCAGUAUUCAGCUGGAUGUGCGUCGUUGCUAGGCUUCUUUUUGUUGAGAAUUUGUCCACGACCUCCCAUACCCUUUUUUUUUUUUCUGGGAAUAUGUAAAUUUAGUUCUUUCAUUUAUUGCAAUGCAGUGUCAAAUGUAGAGCCAAGGCAGUGAACUGCCAAGCAACGACAGCGUGUCUUUUUUCACAUUGUGGGGUUGGGAUCCCCAGUGCCCCUUCCCACUUGUGGAAGGCCUAGUUACAGGAACAUUUUAUAUAAAAAGUGUGCUUGACAAAUGUCCCUGUGCUUUUUGCAGGUUCUUUGCUACUGCAUUUUCCUUGGCAACAUCCACUUUGCCUAGGAAGUUGUUUUGCAUGUUGAGUACAGUGCAUGUGCAGCCUGUGUUGUAUGGACAGUAAAUGUUUCUUGGGGGGAUGCAUUGCUAUUUAUUCACUGUUGUGUGCAAAUUGAAAUUUGCAUUUUUCAUUUAGUUGCCCCCAGUGGAAUUUUUUCUCCUACUGUGAAAAGAGGAAAAAUACUUAAGUGAGCUUCCUAACAAUGAUGAUGCACUUCCUAACAGAUUAACAUUCAGUGAUCCUCUGUGGUAACAAUCUAAAGCCUGUGUUUUGGUAAACUGUAAAAAAUUUUUUUUAAUAAAUAAUUUUCAGCCAUGA